UCCAGGUGGUUGCAGCUCCCCCCCCAGCACCAUGAGCACCACCCCUGGCCCAGAAGCUGCCCCCAAGCCGAGUGCCAAGUCUAUCUACGAGCAGAGAAAGCACUACUCCACCGUGGUGAUGGCUGAUGUUUCCCAGUACCCUGUCAAUCACCUGGUGACGUUCUGCCUGGGCGAGGAGGAUGGCGUGCACACCGUGGAGGAUGCCUCCAGGAAGCUGGCCGUCAUGGACAGCCAGGGCCGUGUCUGGGCACAGGAGAUGCUACUUCGAGUGUCCCCUGACCGCGUCACCCUGCUGGACCCAGUCUCCAAGGAAGAGCUCGAGUCUUACCCACUGGGCGCCAUCGUGCGCUGCGACGCGGUGGUGCCACCGGGCCGGAGCCGCUCGCUGCUGCUCCUGGUGUGUCAGGAGCCAGAGCGUGCGCAGCCAGACGUGCACUUCUUCCAGGGCCUGCGCCUGGGGGCCGAGCUGAUGCGAGAGGACAUCCAAGGGGCUCUGCACAAUUACCGCUCAGGCCGCGGGGAGCGCCGGGCAGCAGCGCUCAGGGCCACGCAAGAGGAGCUGCAGCGCGGCCCCUCGACCGCCGCCGAGACCCCGCCCCUGCAGCGCCGCCCGUCGGUCCGCGCGGUGAUCGGCACUGCGGAGCCAACCGCCGGCCGAGGGCGACCCCGGGUGGAGCCUAUUCCGGAGGUGGAGGCCCCCAGGCCGGCCCCGGAGCGCACCGCCUGCGUCGCUGACCCGACCUCGCCAGACCUGGGCCCCCGCGGUCCUGAGCUGGCAGGUCUGCAGGCGGAGAGAGAAGUGGACAUCCUGAACCACAUUUUCGACGACGUGGAGACCUUCGUAUCGAGGCUUCAGAAGUCGGCAGAGGCCGCCCGAGUGCUGCAGCACCGCGAACGCGGCCGCAGGACGCGGCGCCGGGAGGCCGGGGAGGGCCUGCUGACGCUGAGGGCCAAGCCGCCCGCGGAGGCCGAGUACACCGACGUGCUUCAGAAAAUCAAGUACGCCUUCAGCCUGCUGGCCCGGCUGCGCGGGAACAUCGCCAACCCCUCCUCCCCAGAGCUGCUGCACUUUCUGUUCGGACCUCUGCAGAUGAUUGUGAACACGUCUGGGGGCCCUGAGUUCGCCAGCAGUGUCAGGCGGCCGCAUCUGACAUCCGAGGCGGUGGCGCUGCUUCGGGACAGUGUGACUCCCGGUGAAAACGCUCUCUGGACCUCGCUGGGGGACUCGUGGACCUGCCCGGGGCUGGAGCUGCCCCCGGAGGAGGGACCCCCAUACAGCCCCGAGUUCUACAAUGGCUGGGAGCCCCCAGCCACUGACCCUCAGGGCCGCGCUUGGGAGGACCCAGUGGAGAAACAGCUGCAGCACGAGAGGCGGCGCCGACAGCAAAGCGCUCCCCAGGUUGCUGUCAAUGGUCACCAAGAACCAGAGCUGCAAGCUGAGCCCCAGCAGGAGCCGGAGCCAGCAGGAAAGUGGGUCCUGUGUAAUUAUGACUUCCAGGCCCGCAACAGCAGUGAGCUGUCCGUCAAGCAGCAGGAUGUGCUGGAGGUCCUGGAUGACAGGCGCAAGUGGUGGAAGGUGAGGGACCAACAGGGCCAAGAGGGAUAUGUGCCCUAUAAUAUCCUGACACCCCACCGAGGACCCCGGAGGGACCACAGCCAAAGCCCUGCCCGAAGCCUGGAGCACAGCACUCCCCCUCCCCCUCCAGCCCCGGCUCCUGCUCCGGGUAGGCCCCACUGGGACAGCUGCGACAGCCUCAACAACUUGGACCCCAGUGAGAAGGAGAAAUUCUCCCAGAUGCUGAGUGUCAACGAGGAGCUGCAAGCGCGCCUAGCCCAGGGCCGCGCGAGCCCCGGCCGAGCAGCCCCGGGUCCCCGCGCGCAGGAGCCGCAGCUCAGCCGGGACUCAGACGCCGGCAAAGUCCGCGCCUGGCUGCAAGCCAAGGGCUUCAGUCCCGGGACGGUGACCGCGCUGGGCUUACUGUCCGGCGCGCAGCUUUUCUCUUUGGAAAAAGAAGAGUUGCGGGCGGUGAGCCCUGAGGAGGGGGCGCGCGUGUACAGCCUGCUAACGGUGCAGCGUGCGCUGCUGGAGGACAAAGAGAAGGUGUCAGAGCUGGAGGCAGUGAUGGAGAAGCAGAAGAAGAAGGUGGAAGGCGAGAUGAAAACGGAGAUCAUCUGACCCUUCGGGGGCCCCUUAGCAAAAAAUGAGACAGCGUUUUCCCAGGCCCUGCGGGAAGGCGCUGGGCUUCCCCGUCGGUGGAAGAGAUUCCCUGAAGCACGCGGACCCAGUCCGGCCCUGGUCUCUCCUGCCCGGGUGGCCAGACUGGACAGUCCUUGCUGAAGUUCCUCCUGAGCCCCCAGGAGUCGGGAGGGAGUAGAUGGACAGCAGGGAAAGCUCUUGGGCCACUGGAGAGGGAACACCCUGGAGAGGGCGCCCCUGAGCACGGCAUUGUCACAUGCAGCCCAGUCUAUAAACAGUCUCUUCUAAGCA